GGCAGGUGUGCCUGCAGCAUUGCGCACCCUGCAUUCCGCUGAGAAACCUGGCCUCCUUGAGGACAAUGAUGCUCAGGCUGCUGCUCCUGGCUCUCAACUUCUUCCCCUCAAUCCAAGUAACAGAAAAUACGAUUUUGGUGAAGCAGUCCCCCUUGCUUGUGGUGGAUGACAAUGAGGUCAACCUGAGCUGCAAGUAUACCUAUAACCUCUUCUCAAAGGAGUUCAAGGCUUCCCUGCAUAAGGGGCUGGACAAUGCUGUGGAGGUCUGUUUUGUGGAUGGGAAUUUUUCCCAUCAGCUUCAGUUUCACUCAAAUACUGGUUUCAACUGUGAUGGGAAUUUGAGCAAUGAAACUGUGACUUUCUAUCUCCGGAAUUUAUACAUUAACCAAACAGAUAUUUACUUCUGCAAGAUUGAGGUCAAGUAUCCUCCUCCUUACCUCAGCAAUGAGAGGAGCAAUGGGACCAUUAUCCACAUUACAGAGAAACAUCAUUGUCCUGAGCACCAGCCUUCUGAGCCUAAGCCCUUCUGGGUAUUGGUGGUGGUUGACGGAAUCCUGGCUUUCUACAGCUUUCUAGUAACCGUGGCCCUUUGUGUUUUCUGGAUGAAUAGUAAGACCACCAGGCUCCUUCAGAGUGACUACAUGAACAUGACCCCCCGAAGGCCUGGGCCCACCCGCAGGCACUACCAGCCCUACGCUCCUACAAGAGACUUUGCAGCAUACCGCCCCUGACAGGGACGCCUAUCCAGAAGCCAGUUGGCUGGCAACCCUCCAACUACUCAACACCACUGCUCUGGAUAGGAACACAGCACCUCAUUUUUCAGCCAGCCACCUUGGGGCCCUGUUAGGCCACCAAGCCAAUUGUUCUUGAACAUUUACACUCUAUGUGAAGAUCAUCCUGACACUCUACAAUGAAGUUAAAUUCCUGUGACAGGCUAAGUCUUGCAAAGUCAUGACCCCAAUUCAAACUUAUCAUAUAUUUAUUGACUUGAUGGAGAAAUUAGGUAAGUCAACCAAAAAAGUGAGUGGAUUCCCUUAGCUUUGAAUUCUGCUUCUAGACUGCUGGGUAAGAGAAGUUCCUUCAUGUUUAUCUUCCCAUCUCAGUCCAGUGAAGUAUGAUAUUCAAAGAUAUUUUAGAUGGAGAAAAAGAUUAGAAAAUAAUUUCCUUUAGUUACAUAGGUAUUUAGGGUAUGGAUAGGUUAAACUGAGGGAGAAGGUAGUGUUACUAAACAGUUUUAAAGUGUUAAAACACUUUCCUCCUUAUGAAAUGAGCCACUUAGUUCUUAUUUAAUGCUAUUUUCCUUCAAUGAAUUUUGACCACAUUUAGUCAGUUUAAGUAACAGAAUUCCCUCAAAACAUUGGUAGACUUUGUUUCCUCAUUCCCAGUGAUGAGAAUUUUAAUGUUCACAGCAUGACUUCAUAAGAAUUGAAGAACCCUCUGACACAAAGAAGAAUGGGUCCAAAAAUAAGGUCACGUGAUGUCACAAUGAUUUGAAUAUUAUGAAGGAUUAUUUAUGCAGCAGCAAAUUCCAGCCAAACUAUGUGUGUUUCAGCUUUGCACAGUUGCUCUCUAUGUGUGGAGAUCUGAAGUGAGGUGCUGAAAGAACACCCACAUGGGAAGACGAUACUGUGAUUGGGGGAUGUUCGUGUCUAUUAAGAUAAAAGGGAUGAGUUCCAAGAAAUUUCUUCUGAAAAGGGGAAUGAGGCAAUUCUUGCCAUGUGUUGAAGAGAUAGUCAGCAUUGAGUGGAAAUUUUUCAGAAGGCACCAAAUAGAAGAAUCCUUGGUGUAAGAGUUCCUUUGUAGCAACUUUCAGCACUCCAGAAUUCUGUGGGUUUAGUUAUCUACGUAUCCUGGAGAUCCAUAGGCAUGGAAAAGGAUUUUGGAAUACAUCUUUUGAGACAUUAAAGUUCUCUGAAAAGAUCUGAUCUUGGAAUGACUAUGGAUAUUUCUCUGCUUCCAGUUUGGGUCAACUGAAGUAUAUCUAAGGACCUCGAAGAAUAACUCUACUGCCACCAAUAUCAUUUGUUCAGUACUUUGGUUUAUUCAUGUGCUAGAGGAGCCUAUGUUUUAGAGGCAGAGAGAAGUGUUUCAACAUCCAUCACUAUUUGAAUGGUCUCAGGCAGGUCACUGCUCAUCUUUGACUAAGAUCUUUCAAUUGUGAAAUGGACAUAAUGGUCACAAAUAUCUGUCCUUGUAAUCUCCAUGAGGGUAUGGCUACUGUCAUGACAGUCAAGGUAUGCUGUCAAGAUACCAUCCUAGUCUUUAUUCUUGAUUUACAGUAUUAGCUGUAUUAUUAUUGUCAUACAGGUAAAUUACAUAUAGAAAUUAAAGUGGACAAUGAUCUAAGAAAGUAGGUAAAUAUAUAACAUAUUUAAACCCAAAUUUCUGAGCUGUUAUAAAAUAUGAGAGCCUCAAAAUCCUCAAUUUUUAUAUUUCUUGAAAUAUUGUAUCUUGUAAUGAAAUGUAGGGCAUUUCUUCCCCGCUUAUUUUUGUAUAUAAAGAAGUCAUAAAUUUUUUUUAAUGCAGGGAGAAGGGAAGGCUUAGGAAUCUUGUGAUUCUGAUAGAAAAUAUUAUACUCUGAUCUUUAAAUGCUCUUGUAUUUUAUGCAUUUAAUGAAUCCAGAGAAGGUCAAAUUCAGCAGUACUGGUUUGAUGGAGUGUUGACUUUACAUGUGCAUUUGUGUCUAGGACUACCUCUUGGCACAUAGAGUUCUUCAAUUCAGGUUCUCUGAUUAUGUUUUAAAGCUGAUAGAGCUGGAGAAUUUGUAGAAAGGGCAGUAGCAAAAAAUAAAUACAUGCAUUUUUGUGAACAUGGAAAGACUUGAUCUUUGGUAAUAAAUAGUUUUGUUUUCUAAGUGGAAAUGUAGGUUUACUAAAGAUGAAUCACACUUGAGAUUUUUUUUCUUACUCAUGUUGAGCAGAACCAAAGCAGUGUUAUGGAAGGAAGUCCAUUUUCACUCUUAGUGUGAACCAAUAAAAGGUUAAAAAACAGUGGUUGGAGUAAUGCUGUUUGCAGUUUCAGAUAUGGUAAUUGUGAAGAAAACAGUAUCAUUUGCUGUUAUUGUUGUAAGUAUCUAUAAUUCAUGAUAUUUCUGUAAUUUUUGAUUUGGGGGCUGAGCAUGUUAAGCUAUAAAGAUAAAGUAUCCAUUACAUUUUCUGCACCUUGUGCAAAAAUUACCACACUAUCAUGUACUUGUUUUCAAUUUUGUGUUUAAAUAUUGUCUUCAGGGUGUGUAUACUUUCUGGCUUAGCCAAUACCUCAUUUAGGCCAGGCUUCCAUAUAUCAAUUUCACUUCAAGCAAGGUACAUUGCUGGCUUAUUUACUUGGCUUCAGUCACUGUUUCUCAUUAGACCAAUAGUUUAUCUCACUGAGGGGGUCAGGCUGAACUUCUCUGUACAUUCUGUGUGAUAUAAAUGCUCUGUGAGAAAAUUCAAAGUUCAGUCUUGAAUCAGCCAGAUACCUGUCAUCAUGGACAUUUUAAUGGACUUGUUGAUUAUUAAAUGAUGUCACCCCUCAUCCCAGCCUUUUUUUGCAUUGUCAGAUGGGAAUUUUAGCAGCCUCAGGGACUGAUCCCAAGGUACUAAAUUCAACUACAUGCUAGAGGUUGGAGAUGAUAUCAGUAAUGGAUUUAGAACCAAGAUCAGCACUGCCACAAGCCUGCUGCUAAUCCAUGUCAAUGAGAGAGGCAUAGCUUCUCUCAAGAUCUGGAGUCAGUGAGUCUUGUAUCUUCAAGGCCAUUUGAGGCUCUGGAAAUCUCUCUCUGCCUCUCUCUCUCUGUUUCUCUCCUUCCCCUUCCCACAUUUCUGCAUACUUUUGGGGGGACAUUUUCCUCUUCAGUUAUCCCAGGCAUGUUCCCACGUUAAGGCCUUCACACUUAGUAGUUUUCUAGAAGGUUCUUCCUAAAUAUCUACCUGGUUGAGACCUUCAGGUCUCAGUUCAAGUGUCAUCUUCUACCCCAGGUAUUCUCCUGUACAUACACCCUGCCUACUUUCUUGCUUACUUUUCUCCAUAAUAUUUUACCAUCUUUUGUACUAGCUAUUGUAUUGGUUUGUUUAUUGCUUCCCUCCCCAAACUGGAUUGUAAACUCUAUAAGGGAAAGGAUUCUAUUUUGUUUAUUGCCCGGCAUACAAUAAAUAUUUAUUGACUGAUAU